CCCCUCCACUUCUUUAAUCCUCAGAAGCUACCCAGAAGACCGAACUCAUUCGUAUAUAAUUCAGAGUUUAUAUCAUAUGAACCAAAACUGAAUCCAACCCUCUCUCUCUCUCUUUCUCCUCUUCAUACAACUCCCAAGGAUGUUGUUUGAGUGCGAUCCCAAUGAUGGUGAAUCUACCAUAAAGCUCAUUGAGAACUUAACCACAAAUGCCAGCCGAAUCCAGCAGCAGGUUCUCGAUGAAAUCAUUGCAAGGAACUCCGGUACUGAAUACUUAAAAGCCUUCCUACAUGGGAACAACACCAGCAGAGAUCUCUUCAAGAAGAGAGUGCCCGUCGUCGAGUAUGAGCAGGUGAAGCCUUACAUCGAUCGCAUCGCAAACGGCGAGCCCUCCAGCAUUGUAUCUGCUCACCCCAUCACUGAACUCCUCACAAGUUCGGGGACUUCUGGUGGCCAACCAAAGAUGAUGCCGUCGACAGCCGAAGAACUCGACAGAAAGACAUUCUUAUAUGAUAUCCAAGUCCCUGUGGUCAACCAGUAUGUUCCAGGCUUAGACGAAGGCAAAGGAAUGUACCUCUACUUCAUCAAACCUGAAAUCCCUACGAAAUCUGGACUGCCAGCUAGGCCGGUCCUGACGAGCUACUACAAAAGUCCUAAUUUCAGAAACCGGAGGUUCAACAAGUACAAUAUCUAUACAAGCCCGGAUGAGACGAUUCUUUGCGCUGACAGCAAGCAAAGCAUGUACUGCCAGCUACUCUGCGGUCUCGUUCAGCGCGACGAAGUCCUUCGUGUCGGUGCGGUCUUCGCUUCAGCUUUUCUUCGGGCGAUAAAAUUCCUCGAGAACUACUGGAAAGAAAUGUGUGCGAAUAUCAGAACAGGAGAGCUCAGCUCCUGGAUUGCUGAUGAAACAGUUAGGACCGCAGUUCUUAAAAUUAUGAGCGAACCCAAUCCAGAAUUAGCUGGGGAGAUUGAAAAGGAAUGUAGACUCGAGCCAUGGGAGGGCAUUGUCAAGAGGUUAUGGCCUAGGACUAAGUAUGUAGACGUGAUCGUCACAGGUUCCAUGGCGCAGUAUAUACCGCUGUUGGAUCUUUACAGUGGGGGUUUGCCUUUGGUCUCAACGAUGUAUGCGUCGUCGGAGUGCUAUUUUGGGAUAAAUAUGAAACCGUUGAACUUGCCAUCCGAGGUGUCGUAUACUUUGUUGCCGAACAUGGCAUUUUUUGAGUUUAUUCCAGUGGAGAGGGAGGAGGAGGCGGUGGCAGGGGAGUGUAAUGGUAUCGGUGGCGAUGGUGAUGGGCGGUCGCCGGUGGAGGUGGUGGAUCUUGUGGAUGUGCAGGUUGGGAAGUAUUAUGAGCUUGUGGUGACUACAUUCACAGGCCUGUACCGGUACCGGGUUGGCGACAUCCUUCAGGUGGCCGGAUUCCACAAUGCCGCCCCACAAUUCCGUUUCGUCCACCGCCGCAACGUUGUGCUCAGUGUCGAUACUGACAAGACGAACGAGGGUGACCUCCUCAACGCCAUCACGGCCGCCAAGCGCCGCCUCCUCCACCCCCUCCGCCUCUUCCUCACAGAGUACACCAGCUACGCCGACACCUCCUCCAUCCCCGGCCACUACGUCCUCUUCUGGGAAAUCUCCCCCUCGACCACGAUGGUCGACGCCUCUGUCAUCGAGGAGUGCUGCUCCGUCGUCGAGGCCUUGCUUGAUUCUGUCUACAGGCGGUGCAGGAGAAAGGACAGGUCGAUCGGGCCGCUGGAGAUCAGGGUGGUCGAGUGCGGCGCGUUCGACGCUCUGAUGGACCUGUGCGUGUCUCAGGGAUCGUCGGUGAACCAGUACAAGACGCCGAGGUGCGUGAAGUCGCCGGAGGCGAUCAGGCUACUGAACGAGAGGGUGGUGGGGAGGUUCUUCAGCAAGAAGACGCCGGAGUGGGAGCCUUGCAGGAUUGGAGCUAUGUAGUACUGAUCAGGGAACUUUUGGUUACUGUUGUAUUUUGUUUGAUUUUGGUUUUAGUUUCGUGGUUAUGGUAUCUUUGAAGGGGAGAGGAGGGGAAUCUUUAUUUCGUCUGCUAGUGAGAGAGAGUGGGGGAAUCUGACUGGAUAUGGGGAGGGAAUCUUCUGUGGGGAAUCUGACUCGGUAGGGGGAGGGGAUCUUCUGUGUGGGGAAUCUUUUACAUUGUUGUGUAAGUUAUUAUUGUUUCACUGUUCUUUGAAUUUAGCAUGUCGCGUUCAGAAUUCAGAAGGAUAUUUCUCACAUUAUUGAUAUUGAAGAGUUUAACGCAUUUCAUGUAUACGUGUAUUGUAGGUCAA